AGAGACGAUGGAGUCAGCGAGUUUGGAAGAGAGAAUCACACGUCUGGAAGAGAGAGUUGGACCACCUUUUGAUUUUCACAGGAGUUCAUGCGUUGAAUCGCUCACUGCAGUUGCUGAGAAGUUGCGACAAGUGAAAUCAACUAGAGAAGCUAUUUCUCAAAUAUGGUCUAAGAUUAGUAGUCUCAGGAUGUUUCUUGAUCCUGAAUUGGAAGGUAGAGCAGCUUCAAGUGAUGCAGUGAAGUGUAACAUUGUAUUGUCAGGAGAACAGCAUGUCAAACAAACAGCUGACAGGUUGCAGGCAGUGAGUAAUCUCAAGGGUAACAUUGAUACCAAACACCUGGAAGAUUUGCCAGCAUGUAGCAGCAAGUUACAACCUCUAGUGCAUGUUCAUAUCAGUCAGCAGACAACAGCAGAUCAACAGUCAGAGGAAAUAGCCCAGUUACUGACAAUCUACAAUGAAUUUAUUUCAGUAAUAUCUCGUAAACUAUUAGAGUGGAACAAUCUGUUGCUUUCAUAUGAAGAACAGAACCAAGGAGACAGCUAAAGAUGACUGUGUACAUAUUGUUUUAGAAGCCAUACAACAUGUAGUAGAUAGGCAACAAUUAUUCUACAAUAACAGCAGAGCAACAUUCACUUCUA